AUGAGUCUCCCUGUCGACAUCCUUCUUGUGGUCCUCAAAUAUCUAACUCUGCAAGAUUUUGUUGCCUUUAGCCAGGCAUCGAAGCAUUUCUACGAAAUUACUCAGCUGCGGAGUGUUUGGCUCGACCUUCUCAACCAUCAUGUCCUCCAGAGGAGUUACCCCAUACCACGACUCGAUGGACGCGAUCCAACACAACUCCGUGUUUCCGAGUUACAGUCAUGCAUUAUAGACGCACUCAGGCUUCGCCGUUUAUGGACAGCCGCAUCACCCCAACCUCUCCAACGACGCACAUUCACAACCCAAAAUGUGGAUGGCUUGUGUCCCCUCACUUUGACGACAACCAACGAUGAGAGGAUAUAUACGGCCCAGUGUUGGGACAUCUCGCCAGCCCAACCACUUUGUGUUGCUCGACGCAGGGUGUCUAGUUUUGGCGGGCUUCGGGUCAAUACCGACGGAUCUUAUCCUGGCGUGCUUGCUUUGAAGUCCCAUAACACGGUCGAGAUCUUGGGAAUAGACUUUACUGCCGGUCAAGGCUUCUUCGCGGUCCAGGUCCUUGAAGACGUCACCGAAACGCUCCAUGUCUUCGCCAACUCCAAACUAUUGACCAAAUUCAACGACCAACGACUACACCUCCGCGAUUUGCAGAAGCCACAUUCCGUGAUGGAAUUGCGGAAUUCCAAUUUCAUCGAGCAACGGGAAUGCUUGGACGCCCUCAUUUCCGAUGUCUACGCCGUGCUUAUUCGCACUACGUCUCUUGAAAUAUACUCCAUCACUUCCGACAGACCCAUUUCCGAGCCAUUGGCAUCACAUGCAUGGCAAUGGCGUAUCGACAGUGUCUCGGUCAAUUACCAGCCCUCCUACCAAAACAACACCAUUGCUCCCAUCAAUCUGUUGGUUCGCUACUCCAGUCUGUUUCCCUGGCCAGUCAACGCCCUUCACCACUACGUCAUCCCUCGCAACAGCCACUACGAUGCACAACAAGACAUUUCGCCCAACAAUCUGCCCUACGAAACACGACCCGCCCUCAUUCAAUCAUUUGCCUCUCCAAUUCGAUUGUUCGCACGAUGGGACAUGGUGUUGGGCAAAUAUGGCACCGCCCUUUGGAUAGAUUCGCACACAGAAGACUAUUUUGCGAACAGUGUCGAAGGUCAGCGGCUGGCCGGAGUCUUAUUCUCGAUAAGCGAGGAUGAGGGAGAGAAAGUCGAUUUAAGAGAACUUGUAGCCUCGUCCCAUGCCUCGACUGUUUAUGACGUCCGGGAAGACGAUGGCUGGAUGAGGAUCGCUGUCGAUGAUGAAGAGGGCAAGAUCGCACUGGGAACAACGACGGGAGAAAUCACGCUCUUGGAAUACAUUUAA